AUGGGGUACCGGCGGCCGGCGAAGGCUACCGGCACGGUGGGGUACAUUGACCCGCAGUACUACAGCUUGAACGUGCUGACGACGAAAAGCGAUGUGUACGGAUUGGGGGUGGUGUUGCUGGAGCUGUUGACGGGGAAGCGGGCGAUAUUUAAGGGCGACGACGAGGAAGGGACGCCGACAAGUGUGGUGGUGUACGCAGCAGCGAGGAUCGCCGGCGGGGAGCUGUGGGGGAUACUGGACGGGAGGGUGGGGCAACCGGAUGUGAACGAGGCGGAGGCGGUGGAGCUGGUGGGGUACACGGCGAUGCACUGCUUGAGCGCCGAAGGGAAGGACCGGCCGAUGAUGGCGGAUAUUGUUGUGAAUUUGGAGAGGGCGUUGGUGCUUUGCGAGGGAGGCCAUGGGAGUAUCUCCAGCGGCACAAUCUCCAUUGUUUCCGAGUGA